AUGGGCCACCAAAACGGCUCCCGCUCAUCAUCCGUCGACGACGUUGAGAAAGCGGAUAUGAGGGCGCUCGAACACACAAGCACCGCCGCCACCAAAGAGAGCACCACGAAGCCCGUCCGCACCGUCUCGGAGGUCCCCGGCAACCCGAACUAUUACGAGAGGGACGGCCUCCGCACCUACGGAGACGGCAUGGACCAUGACCACGAGCCGCCGAUGACUUUCAAGCGCUGCAUGGCCCUGGUCGCCAUGGCUUUCAUAUGGGUGGCGUCGCAGAUUCCACUCUACCUCUUCGGCGCUGUUCUCGCCGUGAUCUACUCAGACAUCGGCGGCUCUGACAUAUACGUCUGGUCCGUCGUCGGAAACCUGAUAGCCAGCGCCGCUGUAACCCCUUUUGUCGGCCCGCUUUCCGACCUCUGGGGCCGUCGCUGGUUAAGCGUUGUUGGCAUGAUAUUCAUACUUGCGGGGACGCUUGUGGCCUCUUUGGCAGGGAACAUGAACGUCUUCAUCGUAGGCAUGACUUUUAUAGGCGUGGGGGGCGCCAUUUGUGAACUGACGGCGCUGGCGGCCACCGGCGAGCUCGCUCCGACCAAGAAGCGGGGCAUCUACAUGGGCAGCAUCAUAGUUACCAUCAUCCCCUUUUGUCCAUCGGUGUUGUGGGCGCGUUGGAUUGCUGAGACGUCUUGGCGGUACAAUGGCCUCUUUUGCGCUCUAUGGUCUGUCACGGGUCUGGUGCUGCUUCUCGUCUUCUACCACCCACCGCCGCGUGUUAACAGCCAAGGUCUGAGUCAAUGGGAGGCAGCGAAGCGUAUCGACUACAUCGGUGGCUUUCUGUCCACAGCUGGCAUCGUGCUCGCCUUGACGGGUCUGAUCUGGGGCGGCUACAAGUAUUCAUGGAACUCUGCGCACGUCAUCGGCACGCUCGCCACAGGAAUUGUAUUGAUGGUGGGAUUCGCCGUUUGGGAGUCGUUCUUUGCGCCAUGGCCUAUGUUUCCGGGUCGGCUGAAGCAGGACCCUCGCAACUUGUGCCUGAUCCUCCUAAUCACGUUCAUGUCGGGUGCGAACUUCUUUUCGGUCCUGGUGUUUUGGCCGAUACAGAGCGAAAGCAUGUACGACCAAGACCCUAUUCAGAUUGGCAUCAGAAGCUUGCCGAUUGGAUUCGGUAUCAUCGGCGGUUCGGUCAUUGUCGCAGCCCUGACGUCGUUGCUCAAGGGGAGAAUCAGGACGCUGACUGUGCUGUCAUGCGCUCUUAUGACUGCUGGCACGGGGGCUAUGGUCAUCGCCCGGCUGGACAACCUCCACGAAGUCUACAUUGGGCUGACGCUGGCUGCCGUGGGCAUCGGCGGCAUCAUCAUCCCCAACCAAAUCGUCAUCACCAUCAUCUGCCCAGACGAUCUGAUCGGGUCGGCCACGGCCAUGGCGAUCACGGUGCGCAUGAUCGGCGGGUGCGUGGGCUACGCUAUAUACUACAGCGUCUUCAAAAAGAACUUCAGCAAGAACGCGGUGAAGACGAUCGCGCCGGCGGCCAUGAAGCACGGGCACAUCUUCGACGCGGCCGUGAUCAAGAACAUGGCGUUCGACAUCUCGGCCAACCUGAACAGCAACAUUUCGACGUAUCCAAGCCUGCGGGACAACCCCUCGGGCGUGGCGGCCAUCAUAGAGGCCGGGCGGCAGUGCUUUGCCCUCAGCUUCCCGGACAUCUACUGGGUCGGGGUGGGGUUCGGGGCGGCGAGCACCAUGGCGGCCAUGUUCCUGGGCGACAUCUCGAGCUAUCUGGACGACCACGUCGCCGUGACUCUGAGCUGA